UCGUUUUGGACCCCAAGUGGCCCCAAAAAGCAAAGUAGCAAACGUGCGUUUACUCUGUUUCUCAAUCUUCACUUAUUGACAGAUUCACCGCUUGAGGCCAUGCACGAGCCCUAGCUCUUGUCAGCCGUCGCAGUUCGCAGUUCGCACUUCCCACGCCCGGUAGCGCUGUUCAUCCACGGAGCUACUCCUAUUGAAUUGGAAUUCCACUGGUGAUUCAAACAGAAGUUAUGAAGUCGUUCAAUAUAAAUGGAACCACUUUUUCUGUUGCACUCUACACUGAUGUGACGAAUUCAAAAGAACUCUUGGAAAGUAUGCAAGCUGGGACAUUGGAGCCAGAAGUUGCAUUCCUCAAUGCUUUACUUAUCCCAGAUAUUUUCCCUGUUCUAGCAGCUGCACACAAAACACUUGUAGCCAAGUCUCGAGACACGUUGACCACACGCACUCUUCAUUCAGAGCUUGUUUACAACUACUCAGGGUCUAAGCAUAUUACUGAAUCUUUGAAAAGAUGUGGCAUAUCUGACAGCACAACUUAUAUCCUUGCUACUCGAUUUGAUGCUAGUCCUGAUGAGAUAAAAGCUAUAGGGAAGCUCAUUAAUGGCAAGGAGAUUGACCUGGAGGAGCUAGAAGGGAGAGCAAACCAAUCCCAGAUACAAAAGCUUUACAAGAUAUCUUCCUCAGAACUUGGAGUAUCAUCACUUGCUGAUGCAAUAUCUUGCCGUAUAGCUGCUUGUGAUGCCUUGUGAGAAGAAUGAACUUGAUCUGCUUGAGUUUCCUUAUCUCUCCUUGAUCUAUUGUAGAAUAUGUCAUGAAAUUUUAAAAGAAAGCUUUAGGCUUCUAUUAUAUAUACUUUACCUUUCAUGUGCUGUAAUUUUGAUUUUUUUUUUGUUUAUCAUUCUUACUGCAGUAACAUUUCUUAUGGAAAUUAAAAAAGUAGGUGGUCAUUUGAUCUGGUAUAUGCUUACUGGUCGUGAAAUGCAUGCUGUAAAAACUAAAUAUGACACUUCUUGAGUUCUUCAUUUGCUUCUCUAGGUAUACAUUCAUGCAUACCUACUUAAA